AUGGUGUGUGCACAGCGCGGAUACAAGUUUGUGGCCGUCAUGGCCGCCUCUUUCUCCGUCGAGCGCCGCAAGCUCAUGCGCGCCCUCGGCGCGAAGGUGAUUGUCACGCCUGCGGCACUCGGAGGUACGGGCAUGGUGAAGAAAGCAGAGGAAUUGGCUGAGAAGCACGGCUGGUACCUCGCCAGGCAGUUCGAGACGGACGCGAACGCGGCCUACCACGAGAAGACGACGGGGCCCGAGAUCUUGGAAGCCUUCGAGGGCAAGAAGCUCGACUACUGGGUGACGGGCUAUGGCACCGGCGGCACCUUCACGGGGGCCGGAAGGGCUUUGAAGAAGGCUCUCCCGAACAUCAAGGUCGUCCUGUCGGAGCCCGACGCGGCCCCGCUAGUCACGAGCGGCGUGGAGCAGGAACGAAAGGAGGUCAUGGGGCUGUUCGGCGCCCCCGCAGGAGCGCACCCCGCCUGGAAGCCGCACCCGAUCCAGGGCUGGACGCCAAAUUUCAUCCCGAAGGUCUGCGACGCAGGCCUGAAGGCGAAGAUUCACGACUCCGUCGAGCUCGUCUCCGGCAAGGAGAGCAUCGACACUACGAUGAGGCUCAUGAGGGAGGAGGGCAUCUUCUGCGGCACCAGCGGCGGAGCCACGAUGGCCGCUGCGCUGAAGGUCUGCGCGAAGGCCCCCAAGGGCUCCGUCGUCCUGUGCAUGAUCCCGGACACCGCAGAGCGCUACCUCUCGACGCCUCUCUUUGCGGAUGUCGAGGAGAAGAUGACCGCGGAGGAGAUCGAGCUCGGGAAGAGCACCGAGACGAAGACAGAGUUCUGA